AUGCAAUUGCGCCGCCUCUUUUCGCAUUCCCAUCCCUCUAAGUCCCCCACACGCUCACUCCAACGCCCGUUGUUGUCGCGAUUUCUCCAGUUGUUUUUCUCUGCCCCUUCCCCCCUUCCCGUUUUCCAUGAUUGUUGCGUGCCGCGGUUAAAGCGUUCCUUGACGGUCACAUCGAUCAUCAUUGUCGCUCUUAUCCUUUGUUGUGGUUCCCUAAACCUAUAUGGAACGUCUGUCUCUGGUGCCAAAACACAUUCCAAAAGAGGAUUCGAGGAGAGAAAGCCGCGCAUCAGUUUGGGAGGGACUUGGUAAACAUUUUAAUACUCGUUCCCUCGAUUACAAGGCCAUGCUGAACUAACAUUACCGAGUUGAUGUUCGGGGAAAGGGAGAUCCGCCUUUCAGCCAUCUGUCUAUAUAGAUUAUGCAUCAUGCGGCUUUUCUACAGUUCGAGUCAUGUCCCCGUACAGUUUUUUAGGCUCUCUUUCUUCUUAUAUCCAUAUGCCGCCAACAUGGCUUGUGCUGGUGACCUCUUCCCAUCUUAUCUCCCAUGCCUUAUAAUAACGACGCUCGUGCCAAUUAGACGAUAAAAAUUCCCCCCUAACGCUGCCGAUGGUUGUUUCCGGAUUUAUAGCCAGAUUUGUACCUUUCAGUCGGUCAUACCACCAUUAAGAGGGUUUCGAGCCAAAGUGUUUGUGCGUGAGAUUAGUUGGGAUGGCCUAGCUAAAUAAGAGAUUGGAUAAACACUUUCUGAUUCUCUUUCCCCCAAGACGUUAAAAUUUUAUUGGGUACCGUUGUUUCGCCGUCUUCAAUAAAAUGUUCCGGAGGUCGGGUGAAAUGACUUUCUGAAUCUUCUUCUCUUCAUUACUAUCUCCUCUAAUGGGAUUUCAAGUGUUGAGGCGGAAAGAGUAGGUCGAUUCGAAAGACGGGACUCUCCAAGUGACCCCACAAAAGGGAGUAGCCAUAUAUUGUUACAGACCCAAUUAUGAUUUACACCCGACCCCGAGCACUUCCUGUUUUUUUCAAGGCCCGAAGGGCGGCGCCGGUUUAUUUGUGCGCGAAGAUCGCCAGGGAACGUCGCAUUCUCGUUUGCGACUUUGUGUUUCUCACUCUUUUUGUGCGCUAAUUAACGCUGCCGAUCCUCAUCUCUCAUUGUGUUCAUCUAUACUUAUCUCCGAUCCAUCAGUUUUAUUCCAUUGGCGGUUUUACGUCCGAAUUGUCGCGAAUGGCCAAAUCUUCUAUUAAAGUAUCACCUUUAAAGGCGCUCUAUUAUUGUUCUUUAUUUUUAGGUCCGCCGACAUGAGGUUGUGGAUUCCAUUUCUGCUUCUUUUUGCCGGCUGUAAGGCCCAAGUCAUUGACGUUGCAGUGGGGCAGUUAUUUACCGUGCGCUUAGAAGGAAGCGACUCGAUACCCAGUGAUGGCCUUCCCGGUUGGAUGAGCUUUGACCCCUCACAAAGCACUCUAUACGGUGUUCCCAAAUGGAAUCGUCUUGAGAAUGUCACCCUGAGGACAUCUCAAGGAAAGUCGAUUGACGUCAACACUUACAUUGAACUGGAUCAAUGCAAAGAAACCGAGAGUUACAUUUUCCUCGAACUCUAUCAGGACAAACCAUACGAAAAUUAUAAGAUCGAGGACUUGAGGUAAGAUCUCAUCACCGCUUAAAAAAUAAUUAUCGUUUAGAGAGCUCAUCAAAAACUACGCCGAACGAUUUGAUCUCGAAGAAACUCAAGUCCGAGCUUACCGAGCCGACGAAAUCACUCGUUACCGCAAAGUUCAGGAAUAUUUAAUUAAUUUAGGAACCGAUUAUAUUCAACGAGAGAACCUUCUAGUUCUUUGGGCUAACAUCUAUUGCGGCACUUCCGAACAAGCAGCUGAAGAACAACCUGAAAUUAUGGAAAAGGCUACGCUCAUUGAGUCUGAAGGCGAUCAUGUCCAAGUAUGUGGUCCCAUUAGAAAUCCUUUAUUACACCACAAGUGCUUUCAUGUUACUUGUAAUCGCAUUAUUGCAUGUUUUUACGAAAUUCUUUCAGCUCGGCCAAGCUCGAGUCAAGAAAGAUGACCUUCUGGCGUUGCAAACGGCCACCCCUGCUCCAAUUGCGCGAACAACCCGAAUGGCCAAGGACAAUCCACCCACCAGAUACAAUAACAUCGACAAGUUUGAGUGUCAGAGGUAAGAGAUACCUUCAGAAAUUUUGUUUGUCCGCUUUCUUUAUUUGCGUUCGAAGGUUGGAAGCAGAGACCAGCUCUCUGAUCGCGGGACAAAGAGUGCUUGGGUCCUCUGUUGACAUAUUUGCCAUGACAUUCGUUGCGCAAUGUGGCUAAGAAAGGAAAAGCCAUGUGCAGCGAGCGCCAUCCUAAUCCCCGAGAGCAUUAAUUAUGAGUUGUUUUUCAGAGGAAAAUUAUGUCAGAAAUGGCUGUCGCCCAACACUUUCAUCGACUCCGAAGACGGAUAUCUGCCGAAUCUUCGAUCCAAGGUCGUCAGUGAUGACGACUCGACCAACUUCUUGACUGUAGUCCAUGAUAAGGACCGUGUUGCAUUGGAAGGGGUACCCUUGAGCACCGGAAUCUUCAGCUUCCGACUGGAAGUGCGCGAUUCCGCCGACCAGGUAAGCAAUCCUGCAUUAAGGCGGCGAUUAAAAUAGCCAAAAGACAGAUGUGGGGCCCGAUUUAUUCCACUUAAGUGCCCAUCUAAGAAGCUAAUAUAUAUCUUUUACGACCGGCAUUUCGGUUCGCGCAUCUGUCCAUGAGAAGGUCCAUACACAUAAGGAGUCGCUAUCCGAGAGUGUUCCAGAAAAGUCACAAAAGAUUGGAAAUGUGCCCAAGAAGGCUCGCUUUCAAUCGCGCAGCUGAAAGAUCAAAUUCCACCCAUUCACUCACUCGUAUCCUCAUUCAUUUUAGAUGGCCGCUGCUGCCUUCAACGUCGAAGUAAAGGAUGAACCCGAACCAAACCAUGCAUUCGAAUUACUGCUCGACACCAGGUAUAAGAAAUUCAAGGAUGAGCCCAAACUUUUGGUCAAAUUUGGAGAAAAACUUGUAGAAAGAAUUGGAGGAACCCGGGAACAAGUAAUGAUAAACUCAGUUGAAGAACAAGGCUCUAACACAGUCAUUAGAUGGAGCAACAGCUCAUUAAGUCGGACAACAUGCGAGGAGAAAGUCGUUAAUGCAACGAAGGUUAAGAUGACCGGAAGGGGAAAGAGCGGAAUUCGAGAAUUUGUCAAGCAUAUGGGAGCUGACUUCGCUGUUCGUGAUGUAAGAACCAAUUUGCGUAUAAUAAUUUCUUUCCUAUCAGGUGACCAUAAAACUACAAGGAAAUUGUGGCCCCCAAACUGUAACCCCCCAGAUCAUCCGAGUCAGGGCAUCCACUAUCGCCACUCCUUUGGACGAAGAGGUCGGAAUCUCCAACCUGGUCCUUUUGAUCCUGAUAGUAGUCGCCAUUGCAUUGUUGCUGGUCAUUUUAUUCGUUGUUUUCUGUUGCAUUAAAAGAAAACAGACCCCAAAAAAGAGCCAAGAAUACACAACAAAAGGUAGGCAUCCACCCACAUUAAUGAUAUGCUGACUCAUUUCCAGGCACUCCCAUCGUGUUCCCUGAUGACGUUCGUCCCGACGACGAUACCAAUGGGAGUACCGCGGCUGUGACUACCCCCAUGCUAGUCAGUCAUGAACAUCCUCCCCUCAAUCCCAACACAACCACACUUCACGAGAAUCCCAUCUACAAACCACCUUCGGAAGUGGGUACCCCUACUAGAAGUGCCAUUGGACAACGUCUUCCUCCCCCAUACGUAGCCUCAUAA